CCCCAACGGGACAUAUGACGGAGGGGAGAGUCCAUCACCAAACCUUGUGCCCACUUAUCCCACCACGCAUUUGGGGGCAUGUCUUCAUGUUCCUGGCUUGCCAGAAACGGAUCAAGGGUUUGUGAUAGCUCAAGGGUUUGUGAUAGCUCAGCGUGGUGGGUGGCGUGGAAGUGAAAGUGGGAAGUGGAUUAAUGACAGUUUCUCCGGGGUCCUGCAUUUGCUCCACUCCUUCUCCCGCACCGUUUCUUUUCUUCCAGAAGCCUUUUCCUAUCCCCUUCGGACCCGGUCGUGACCGUCUCGGGCUACCCUUCCGGUGGAUGCGACGCGAUGCCCUGUCCGGUCCCCAUCAGAAGGAUCCUAGUUUUGACGUCAAACUGCGUCUGAGGCUGGCUUUGGCUGGCUUUACAUCGGAGGUCCGGGGUCCAGUGGGUAAUCGGGGGUUAGUCCGGGAUCACCGAGCGGGCUUGCUUCAGGCAGUACAGGGCAAGCUUGGGGGCAAGUCCCCAUAGGGUUGAAGCACCGGGGUAGAGGUUUGCCGGCGCCGGAACGGCAAGGGGAUAAGGCCCGGGGAAGACAACUGGGGCGUGUUGCAUGUUGCGUGAGCCUGGUGAGGCCGGGUGAGGUAAUGCCGGUCCCACUUGUCGGACUUGCCAGGCAAUGGGAG